AUGUCAUGUGUGUGGGAUUUUUUGAAACGACAUCGUGGCAAGAUUGUUGCUGGAGCAGUUGCGACUGGGGGGGCAUUUGUUGUUCAACAAGUUUGGCGAAAUUCUUCACUACAACUCAGUUCUAGAUGGAAUCGUGAUACAGAAUUUAGCCAAACUCAGUUGAAGGCUCGGUGGCAUUACAUUUACGAUACCCAUCAUCGAACAUGCGAUAUUUCAAUCUUGGACUUAUUGCCCGGCAUAACUAAACGAAUAUCGUUAUAUUUUGAUGUAGAAGCAUUGAUUGAGGACCUUAAAAAUAAUGAGGAACUCAGCAAGGAACAACGAAUUAUUCAGUGGCAAGAUAUUAAGGUAAAAGCAAUUGGACGAAUGGUUGCAGUUGCCUAUGCAUUCACCCUAAUCACUGUGACACUGAAAUGCCAGAUUUCAAUUUUAGCUGCUCAAGUUUGCUCACUGCUUACGGAAAAAGAUCACUGGUGGAAUCAAUAUUUACCCGAAAAUCUUAAAUUCAGCACUUCACUAAUACAACUAAUCGCUCCCCAAAAAUGCACUGUUGAUCCGUCCUCGCAACAGAUUUUCAUGAGAUGUUGCCAAUUUUUCAUAUCUACAGGUUUGGAUGAUUUAUUAAAAAGGAUCGAAGCUGUCAGCAAAGUACAAUUGGAAGAGUUAGAGCUGAAAACACCGGUAGAUGGAGAACAUCUAAAGGCGAUUUUGUUAAAUCUCAAGAGAAGAAUGGAUUUGUUAGACUGCCGACAUUUUUCAUAUCUCGUCGUGCCGAAAUAUGCAAAUAAGAAUGGCUUUGCGUUACCAAAUCUUGGUCAACUAGAUGCGCUCCUAAAACGUCUCGUAGAAAUGUUAGAAUCAACGAAAUGCAAGGAAGUAACAUCAUCGCUAGUCGAUUUCUUCUUUGAUGCCGUAGUGAACUUUGUAAAUCAACAUAGUACCAAUCAAGUGAUGCCCUUGGCAAGAAUACUACCUUUAAUUACGGAUAGUUUCCAUAUCUUAUCUCGAAGUGGUUUCGAUUCACCAAUACAAAAUAUUCUUUCUUCCACUGAAUUACACACACUUUCCAUGUAUGUUUUUUCACUUCCUCCUGUUAAAUUGUGA